GCUUGAGAUUUUUCCAAUUGCUUCACGAGCCUCGAGAUCAACUUAUUUACAUAUCAAUUCAUAUCAAAAUGACAUCUUUACGUAUUGCCCGUCGGGCUUUCCGUGCCUCAAUGCUUAAUACUUCUCGACCAUUUUCCAGUACAACUUUCCGAUUUGCAAAUGCCAAUCCCGGUAACGCAAAAGAGCAUGAUGGUACUGAAGAAUAUCGCAAACAUCAAAUGGAAAAGCCAUUAAAUCCACAUAUGACGAACACCAAUUCUACUAUCGUAAACGAAAUGCCUAGUGCAGGUGCGGGAAAGGUUCCACCAGAGUUCAUAACGAGUGUGGAUGGGAAUUUUACUCCAAAGGAUAGUGUACCGGAGAACACGGAGAGGAUGACUGGUGGCACUCAAGAUGGCCAUGGAAGUGGUGUUAACAGAGAGAUGGCUGUUGGAGAAAUGGAGGGGGCACAGUUCAGAGUUGAGCCAUUGAGAAGGGAUGGAGAGCAUGAGGAGAAGAUGAGAGCGCGAUUAUUGUAUCAAUCGCGCAAACGAGGAACUCUCGAAUCCGAUCUGCUAAUGUCCACCUUUGCCGAUGCUCACCUUCCUAACAUGACCGCUGCACAAAUGGUACAAUAUGAUCAAUUCCUCGACGAAAAUGAUUGGGAUAUCUAUUACUGGGUUACCCAAGAACCAUCCCCAACAUCUCGUGAAACAGCUGAAGGAGCUGGCCUUGGGGCCGAAGGAGCUACAACCAAUGCUAUGGGUACCGAUCAAAAGAAAUCACCAGUAGCACAAGGUACGGAUCCUGGAAAACAAACCGGUCCUGAAUUAGAGACAGAUGCAUGGAGAAACGGUGCUCCCAGAAGUGGAGAAUGGGCACAAACGAUUGGAACUUUCAAGCCUGCUUAUAGACCGGUACCAAGAAGAUGGCAAAAUAGUGAAAUUUUGGCUAUGUUGAGGAAACAUGUUAUCUCGAGAUCGGCGGGAGGCGUGCAUGAUGUGGAAUUGGGUUCUAGUAGUGUAUCUGGUAAGGGAAUGGCUUUCAUGCCACCUAUCUUUCAGACUGAUCAGAAGCGAUCAUAAAAUGGGAGUCAAAGGAUUGUAACCACCUAGGAAGAUGACUUUCUAUUGGUCUGUUCACUGUGAUUAGGGAUACCAUUCAUGUAUGAUAUUAGUUGGCAAUGUACGGUAUGGCAAUUAUCAUUAACAUAUUCCAUAUUCCAUAUUCAUCAUAUAUUCU